UAACGAUAUGUGUAUUUUCUCUCUUCUCUGCACCAACACAAAACUCGCAACUAAUUUUCGUUUAGAAACCACAGCUAAAAACAAUGAAAUUAAUUAACAAUUAAGUGGCUACCGCGGCGCCCAAAGCGAGCAGUGCAUUUUCCGGAUAAAAAUCGGGAAAUUUCCGGGAAACUUACACAAACAAAUAUUUUUUCGUAAGCGCUCUCAUGUUGUCUCUUUCGCACAGCAGAAUUACUAGUUGCUGUGUGUGUGCGUGCGUGCGUUUGUGUGUGCCGUGUGCCGUAUGUGCGUGUGUGUGUGUGAGUGACUUUGACUGCAGUUGGCGUACGUUUUUUAUUAAUACCACACAAAAACAACAACAUCAAAAGUAAUGGAAACUAAACAUAUUUAAAGCGGGGAGCUGAAAUCGGCAAAAAACAACAAGGCUUUGCCACCACCACCACAACAACAACAGCAAGUUACUACGUGUGUGUAGCGCGAGCGUAUUUGUGUUAAAUAAUGUUUAAACAUUUCUGAUUUCGCACACAAAUCAAUUUUAAGUUGUAGUCACCAGGGAGAAACAAUUGAAGCAAACGAGAAAGAGGUUUAAAUAAUGAAUAACAAAUUUUAUAAAUGCGCCCCAAGUGCUUAACUAAAAACAACACCACACAACCAAACAAAACUAUGUAAUACAACAACAACCUCAACAAACAGCGAAUCGAGCAAUAUUAUCAAUAAUAUUUCAGUAAAUUGUUAAACGUUAAAAUUAAAAUUUAAACAACGCUAUCAACCUGCCAAUAGCAUCACAUUUAACAACAACAACUAAUGUGGUGCCCAAGUGACAUCGCAAACUAAAGCAUCCCACAACAAGAAAAAUCAACAAGAAAACCCCCAGGAGUCGGAUAUAUCAAGUCGGACUGGAAAAAGGAUACGCAGUUUUCCCAGCAACGAAGUCCAGAGGCCUUGGAUUAACUCAACGCCCAUGAGGGCGGAGGGAUUUCCUUCUAUGAGUCAGCAGACAAUUGCAGCAACAGCAUCGAUUGGAUCCCCAUAUGGAUAUUCAUAUGAAAAAACUAACUAAGCCACGGUACUGCAACUUUACUUUUCCUACUGACACACACACAUACACACAUACACUUUUAGCGACGUACUCAAGCAAUAAAAGACUAUAUAAGAUACGAUCAAAAUCCCCAACAAACAAAUCAAUUUGAGCAUUUACGAGAAAAGUCUGCGUGUAGAAAAACAAAACUAACAAAAACCAAAGAAAAAGGCAAAACAGAAAAGCAACAACGAUAGUGCUUGUCAAACUGCAGAGUACCAAAAUGUUGCAAGCGCAAAAUCAAAAGCAAGCCAAGAGAAGCAACAACAAGAACAGAAACAGCACCAACAAUUGCAAUUGCGAUUGCAACAGCAACCACAACAACAACAACAACAAAGCGACGUUACAACGUCGCAAAAUUACAACGAUAACAUAAGCGAGCAAUCGAGCGAGAUAGUUAUAGAGCGAGAGGAGAAGAAAGGAGGAGUUUAGCUUAACACAAUUCCCCUUCCAAUCCGCCGCCCUUUCCCCAUCCCAUUUUUUGGCUGUGUGCGUGUGACUGUCUGCUUGUCUGUGUGUGCCCUCUCAGCUGAGGAUAAUUUAAUUAUUUUAUUUGUACUAAGCGCGCGUUAUGGCACAACAGCAGCAGCAGCAACAACAACAGCAAAAUCACAGCAACAACAACAGCAUUCUCCUUCUUCAGCACCAGCAGCCACAACAACAACAAGAACAACUACAGCAAUACAAUAACAAUUUGUAUAGCCAAAAUUAUAAUAUGGAGGAGUACGAGCGGCGAAAAAGACGUGAGCGUGAGAAAAUCGAGCGACAACAGGGCAUACAGAUCGACGAUCGGGAAACUAGUCUAUUCGGCGAGCCGCGGCGGCUGACAGAAGGAGAUGCGAACAUUACGGCCGCUUUGGGCGAGUUCGGCGUGGCGCGGGAGUACUUUAAUCAGAUGGCGGUGGGGAUUAGUCGAAUUGCGCCCUGCAGUCCGCGCCUGCAGGCGCCACUGCCGCCGCAGCAAGGCAAGUCCCUUGGGCAUUCACCUUCCUCCGCCUCAGCCGGAUCCACGUCCGCAUCCUCCGCCACAUCAGGGCUGCCCGGCCAGCAGCAACAACACUACCAGCAACAGCAGCGACCGCCCACGUAUCUGAAGCAGGCGGACAACAAGCCGCCGUACAAUGGACGCGGCGGCUAUCCGGGCCAGCCAAUGAAGAACGACAUUCCGUCAAGUAGUGGCAUGGCCCCGCCCCGCGGCCCGCCCAGAUCCAGUAGUUCCAGCAGCAACAACAACAACAACAUCAACUCGUCCAGCGCCACAAACAACGCCAGCAGUAGCGGCGGAAUCCCAGCCAGCACGCCGUUGGGGCCACCUCUGUCCACCCAGAUGCCCAAUGGGCGGGAGAAGUCCUUUCUUGGACCGCCGCCUCCAACGCUGCACAACGGCACCGGCGGACGCUUUGUGCCGCCAGCGGUCAGCAAGCGACCAGGAGCGGGUCAGCAGCCGCCGCCUCCCGAGAAGGACGUCAACAAAAUAAUUAGCGAUAUAGCAAGUAGUUUUUGGGUGACACCGCUCACAUCGAUAGCAGCCACGCCGCAUGCGCCAACGCGUGAGAACUAUAAUCUGGGGGCGCCCAAUAAGCAAAAGUAUGCCAUCGAUAUGAUCGGCUCGCCGCCCUCCGCUGAACCCUCGCCCCUCUUCCCGCCCAUUGCGCCAAUGUCCUCGCCAAUUGCCCCGCUGUUGACAACACCGCCGCAGGCUAGCCAACUGCCUUUGGGCGGAGCCACAGGUGUGACGACGUCUGCAGGAGAUGCUUUGGCGCCGCUGCAUCAACUGCCACCCACUCCGCCCAAGGCAGCCUCCGUUGUGACAUCACCGGCACUGGCCAAGCCACUUAAAACGGAAAAGAAUCACUCGCUGGAGAAGCAGGACUCGUGCCUUGAAAACGAUCUCGAACUUUCGGAGUCAGAUGAGGAUCCCAAGAAGGAGGGUCGAUCGGCGGGCAACAGCAGCAACAGCUCCGAGUCGGAUUCCAGUGAGUCGGGCAGCGAGUCAAGCAGCAAGAACGAUCUGCAGCACCAUCCCAAUCACCAGCAGCCGCAUCAACAACUGCAGCAGCAACAGCAGCAGCAGACUUCCAUCCAGCAGCAACAGCAACAAGUGCUGCAGCAACAGCAUCGGACCCAACCACUUACGUCCAAUGGGGCCCAGAAUAAGAAGUUUAGGCAUGAGAUCAUUGCCCGUGGCAGCAAUACGAUAACCGGACUGCUCAGCUCCAGUGGAUUCGCCAGUGGAGGCAGUGGGGGAUCCGGUGCAAACUCCAAUGCCUCCGUCGCUGGAGGAAGUGGAUCGGGUGGCACGAUGAGCAGCGGAGGCAGCUCCUCAAACAAAACGCCAUCGCCAACGGAGAGCAACAAGUGGACUUUAAGCAGGUUUUUCCACAAACCAGCUAAUCAGACGAACUCCGAAAGCGUCUCGCCCGGAAAUGUGAGCAUGAAGGUACCGGGCAUUCUGCCAGGUGGUGCCCAAAUCAUACCCGAGUCCAUCGAUGUGACCACGGCGAUUGUGAAGAACGAGAAGAUCCACGACGAUCACAUGGCCAUGGAUGAAGGCGAGGAGGAGGAUGACGACGAGGAGCAUCAGCAGCAGCAUCAGCAGCAGCAGCAGCAAAUGCGCUAUGGAACUGGACUGAGUGUCACACCGGUGGCGGUGAAAAAGGAGGCCAUCGAUGCCGUAUCGGAAAUGGCACUUGGCGCGGCGAUACCAAAAAACCAAAUCAAACGCGAGUCGGCGGAGGCACAUAACGCCGCCCGCCUCUCGGAUUCCGGAACCAGUGCCAGUGGCAGCUCGUCGAGCAGCAGCAGCAGCAGCAGUUCUGAUAGUGGUGCGACCGGUGGCGAGGUGGUGCCCAUGCCGGGUCCCGGCGAAACGCUUCAGCUGCCCGGCGUUCCAGCCGCCAUCACGACGGUUAUGCGAGUGCCGCCGACGUCACAGUCACAGAAGGCACCAGCGAGCAAUAGUGUUACGCUGACGCCCAUCCUGCCACUGCCCACAUCGCCGAAGCAGCGGCAAAAGAAGCCGCGCAAGAAGAAAGCGGUCACCAGUGCGCCCAUUCUGGACUCAAGCGAUGACGACGAGCCGCUGCCCAAGCAUCCUGGUCUGGAGCAUUCGGCACUUACCGUUCAGGCUCAGCCCGCGGUGGAUACGGUGAAAAAGGGACGUGGACGACCACGGAAACAGCAGCAGAGCGGUGGCAGUGGCAACCUAAGCAGUGCAUCCGCCGGCAGCAGUUCGCAGACCAAGGGUCCCACGCUGACCGCUGCCAAGAAGCCGCUGGCCAAGACACCGCUGGCCAUGAGCAGGGCAAGGAAACGCGACCAUUCCAGCCAGAGCAGCUCCAAUGGCAAUACGCCCACCAAGAAGCUGGCCACGCCCCUGAUGGUCGCCCCCACCCUCAAGCCAAAGGAUGUGCAUGCCGCCAGUAGCAGCUCCGACGACGACAGCUCGUCGAGCGGUGGCUCCAGCUCCAAGUCGAGCAGCUCCUCGAGCAGCAGCGACGACACGGAAACGCAGAACACCAACUGCCGCAUUGUGAAGCUGAACAAGACGGGCGCCGUGCCGCCGAAGGCGCUGCCGGGCAGCGGCAGCAGUUCGCCGAGCAGCAGUGGCAGCGACCAGGAGGAUCUGGCCAGGACACAAGUGGGCGGAAGUGGGCAGUCGCUUGCGCAGCAUAUGCCGCUCUUCAAACAGCUACCAGAUAGCCAGCAUAGCCAGCACAGCCAGCAUUUGAGCAGUUCCGAGUGCUCCUCGUCCAGCGGAGGCUGCGGCGGAGGCGGCGGUGGCGGCGGCAGCAGCAGCAGCGGCGAGGAGGAUGAGGCGCGGCGCGAGAAGGAGCGCGAACGGAAGCCCAAGAACGACAAGAACAAGAUCAAUACGCUGGCAAGGAUCUUCAAUCCGAAGGAGGGCGGCGCCAAGAAGCAGGGACAGGUGGUGAUCAUGGACCUGCAGGAGGAGCAGCAGCAGGGCAAGCUGGAUGCGGUGGCACAGCCACCAGUUGCAGUUGCCGCUGCUGUGCUGGCAAAAGCCCGCAUGACCACGCCCACGCAGCAGCAACAGUUGGGCGCCGGUCUGGCCUCGCCGGCGAGAACAACCACACCACAUCUUACCUCUUUGAUCUGCAAGAUCGAUCUAAGCAAACUCUCGCGAGAGCGCAUCAUGCGCCUCAAGAAACUAACGCCCGCCCAGCAGAAUGGCCAUCUAACGCCCAAGGAGCAGGGACAGACGACACCAGCAGCAGCAGCAGCGGCGGCGGCGGUUCAUGUCAUGCCCAAUGGCUAUGCCGCCGGCGACACAAAUUCGGCGACCAAGGUCAAGCACGAGCAUCCGGUGAAACCGGAGCCCGAACUGGACGCCGGCUAUGAGGCCAAGUUCAAGCCGAGCGUCAAGCAGGAGUUCCAGCUGAAGCAGGAGCGCGAUCGGGACAGGGAACGUGAGAGGGAGCGGGAGCGGGAACGGGAUCGCGAGCGUGAGCGUGAACAGCCACCCGGACGUCGGCGGAAACGCAGCUCCAGUUCCAGUUCGAGUCCCUACAAGGAGAAGAAGCGGAAAAAGGAGAAGGCCGACCAGCUGCAGAUUGGCAAGGAGCUGCUGCCGGUGGCCGUGCUUCUGCCCUCCAACAAUCACGAGCGAAUGCCCAACCAUGAUCGAUUGUCCUACGACAAACUGCAGUUGCUCCAUGAGGACGCCGCUGCCGCCGCCGCUGCAGCUGCCGCUGUCGUUGUGGGCAGCGAUGUGUCCGCUGCGAAUGGCAGUCCGAGCAAAAAGCUAUUGGCCAUGUCACCGCUACCACCUCCGCCGACAGUGGCCAACGUUGCCCUCGUAGCGCCAACCACCUGCAACGAGGCCGUGCAGACGACACCGCCCAUGGUGACGUCAACGGCGGCCACUGCCACGGCAGCAGCUAGAGCACCGCCUCCGGCCCCCGUCACGCGAAUCAUCUACCGCUCCUACUUUGAUCGCGAAGAGGAGCAUCCCAGCGACGAUCACAGAAAAAACAAUCAGUUCCUGCAGGAGGCUAUCAAUCGAAAGCAUGCCGCCGACUCGGAGCGCGACUCCUUCAACCAGGUCACUUUGUAUUUGGAGGCCGUUGUCUACUUUCUGCUGACGGCCGACGCCAUGGAGCGCUGCAGCUCCGAGGCGGCCACCUACACCAUGUACAAGGACACCCUGUCGCUAAUUAAAUUUAUAUCCACCAAGUUUCGCCCCUACCAGCAGUCAACGAACGGGCAGCACGAAACGCACAACAAAGUGGCCAUUCUCAGUUUGCGCUGCCAAUCGUUGAUAUCGCUAAAGUUAUUUAAACUACGGAGAGUGAACUGUCGCGCCAUUUGUGCCAAUCUCACGGAUUUCUUUCGUGUUGGCCGGGACAUUGUGAACGGCAAUACGCCGUCCUCCAUAUCACCAUCGAAUUCGGUAGGCUCGCAGGGCUCCGGUUCGAAUACGCCGCCAGGCAAAAUAGUGCCUCAAGAUGUACACAAUCAGCUGAGCAAGCAAAAUGAGUAUCUAAAUUAUGUGAGUAGUGCUCACGAGUUGUGGGAUCAAGCCGAUCGAUUGGUACGCUCAGGCAAUCAUAUAGAUUUCUUCCGCGAACUGGAUCACGAGAACGGCCCGCUAACGCUGCACAGCACCAUGCACGAGGUGUUCCGGUAUGUGCAGGCGGGUCUAAAGACGCUCAGGGAUGCCGUGUCGCAUCCGACGCAUCAGUCGCAUCAGUCGCAGUAGCGACAGCGGCACCAUCAUCAACCGCAAACGCAACGGAAUCGCAAACGGAGAUGCAGACGGAAAGACCACCAAACGUGUCUAAAUGAAAGUCAGGCCAAAUUAGCAACUAUUAUCUACUACAAGCUACUAAUUUAGUUAGUCAACAAAGGAGUAACGAAAGAAAAGAAAUCGAAACCAACAACCUUCCAACAAAACGAAGAUAACCACAACAAAAACAAAAAUAAAAAACAACAACACAACAACACAAGAAAUGAUUUGUUAUUAAUUUAUAAUUUUUAUCUGUAUGUAUUUUGUGUAUGCACACCAUUUACUUAUUUCCUUAUGCUCAAUUUUCAAUUGUUUUAAGCAUGUUAAGCUUUAUAUUUAUGCCUAGUUUUAAUUGAUAUUACAACAAACGAAAAAAAAAAACAAAAACAAACAAACAAACACACAUUACAAGUUAUAUUAGCUAUACGUCUAGUCUGUAAGCUCGAAAAACAAAUAUCCAGCCCAACCCUUUC